AUGUCCCUCAGGUUCCUCGAUAUUUGCUUUGAUGAUACCAAGACGUGGCUAUUAAAACAUCAACAAGUAUCAGCCUCUGAAUAUCAUUUAUUUGGACAUAGCGAAGAAGAAUGCUAUUCAACGGAAAGGAGGGAUAAUGUGAGGCGCUUGCUCUUGAAGAAUCCGGCGCAGUUUUGGAUUGAGCAAGAACUCGCCAAAUUUAAAAACUUGAAAAGUAUUAAGAUUGUUGACCCACCUAUAUUCAGUUUGCCAAACAAAAUUGUUGUUGAAGAAUUGCUUUUGAGACUCAAUGUUGAAACUUCGCUAAAUGAAGUUCUAUCUGGUUUUGAUAUUCGGAAAAUUAAAAAAAUGCUGAUAAUUGGUUGUACUAAUCUUAUGCUAGAAAGGAUGCUCCCAAUGGCUGCAAAAUUGGAUUCGCUUCAUUUAUUAGAGAUCGGCUUUCUGGGCAAAUACUGUUUACGGUCCAAUGCAAUUGAACUGUGGUACAGUUUCAUUAGGUCUUUGAAAAGAAACACGUUAAAGGGAAUUUAUUUCGGGUAUCUUGGCGAUGUCAAGACAAGUAUAUUUCACGAGAAUAUAUCGCAUCAUGUUCAAUCUUUGAAAAUUCUAAGCUUUUCGUCAAUGGAGCAAUUGGGGUUUCCAAGCGGAAUUCCAAAACGAACUGAGUGUUAUUCUUCACCAUUGUAG